AUGAUUAUAAUUUCAAGAGAUGCCUGCGAGAGUGGAUGGACAAAAAUCGAUAAGUAUUGUUUUAAGCGUUUUGGGAGCGUGAAAGACUUUGAUGAUGCUCGAACUGCUUGUCAGGCAUUUCCUAGUGGUGAUUUAGUAGUUGAUAAUAGCAAUGUAAUUCAUAAUGGGCUAGAAGAUCUACUAACACUCUACACUUGCCACUGGAUUGGGUUAAAAGAUACUGUGGGGAACAACCAGUUAGAUAGUUAUCAUUGGUUGGCGACUGGUCAAAACGUUACAACUGGUUCAGCAUUUUGGUCGUUAACCUGUCCAUCAAGUUUAGCUAAAGGAUGUGUUUAUAUUUCAAAGAUCACUGAUAUUGUUCAAGCAACUUGGUGUGAUUAUGGCUGUGACUAUGAUUGUGUAUACAUUUGUCAAAAACCAAUUGAUGCUAGUCAUGUUACUUACCCUAUCACGACCGCAAUUAGCACAAGUUCAGCAAGCCGUAAUGUUUCUACUAGCCAAUUGAUUUCCUCAUCAAUGAUAUUUACGCUAACCAGUAACAAUAUUAAUUCAGCAACAACUGCUUCUAGCCGAUUAAAUCUAUAUCCUUCCCCAACUUCUCAGUCUGAUAUUGGAACUAGCCAAAUAAAUCGUCCGUUAUUAUCGACUAUUCCGUCUAGUAAUACUAGCACUUUCCUUUCCACUACGGCUAAUGAAUUAGAAUUGUUGAGUUCGACUACUUCAAACGCUAAUACUGGCUCAACUUUAUAUGAAGAUCAUUUCGUAAUGUCUUUAGCGAAUAGUUCUGGCAUUAUAACAUCGAAAACAAGUGAUUUGCCGUUGCUGGCGUCUACUACUGCGUAUACUAAUAUUAUUUCAAGCACGCUUGAGGAUCCAUUAGCAUCCUCUAUAUCAUCAUUAACUUUCACUAUUGAUGUCACCUCAGAUAUUGCUUCGAUAAGCACAAUAAUAAGCAAUCGAGAAACUUUUACUGUUCAAUCCGCUUCAACUAGUACAGUUAUAAGCGAUCAAGAACUAUCUAAUGUCCAAUCUACUUCGACAAGUACAGUGUUAGGCGAUCAAGACAUUUUCAAUCUUCAAUCUGUUUCAACAAGUUCGGUUAUUAACGAUCAAGGAUUAUCUAACAUCCAAUCUGCUUCGACAAUUACAGUCAUAGAUAAUCAACAAGCUUUCGAUGUUCAAUCUCCUUCAACUAGUGCAGUUAUAAGCGAUCAAGAACUAUCUAAUGUCCAAUCUACUUCGACAAGUACAGCGUUAAGCGAUCAAGAAACUUUCAAUAUUGAAUCUGCUUCAACUAGUACAGUUUUAGAAGAUCAAGAACUAUCUAACGUCCAAUCUGCUUCGACAAUUGCAGUGAUAGACGAUCAAGAAAGUUUCAAUGUCCAAUCUGCUUUAAAAAGUAUAGGUUUAAGCGAACUAGAGAUUCUGAAUAUUCAAUCUUCCUCGACUACCUUUCGGGCUGGUAGUAGUCCUACUAUUUUAAUUUCGGGUGUAACGAAUUACUCACCAUCGACCGCUUCUAUCGAUUACAAAUCACAAGUUAGUUCCAGUGUAUACCAGAAUCCAUUAAUUAUGCUGGUAUCAGAUGACAUCUUGGAUAUAAGUACAAGUGUAUGGGAUGUAGAAGAUGUCCAUAAUCAGCGGUUAUCGUCUAAUUUGUUGGUACAUACCAAUUCUAGCGUCUUUUUCGCAACCAGUCCGACUACGGGUGAUAAAUUUUCGCUCGCCAUUGUCAUCACUGGUUCCGAUCUUAACUCUAGUACGCAUGCAGAUCUGUUAAUGUCGUCUGUCUGCGGGUAUAAAAUGGCUAGUGAUGAUUGCAGAUAUUUAACUUCUAGUGGUCUCUCUAGCAAUGUAUCGGCCGAUUUACUCCAUCAUUUAGAUACACUUUCAUUGGCAGCAAUGCAGCCAUCAGAAUAUUCUAGGAAAUCUCCUUCAGUUAUAGAAAUUGCGGCAAGUAUGGCAGUAAAUCAGCCAGCUCCACCAAAUAAUGCAAACUAUUUUCCGGAUCUUAUCAAGGCUAAUAAGACGGUUAAUAAUAGCGAUAACAUGAUUAAUGCUCUAUCUUUGAUUUUAAAAAAUACUACGGAUGAUUUUACGGUUACGAGUAUACGAAUUAAUAAGAUAAAAGCAACGAAUGAUCAAUUUAUUGCGAAUAUUACAACUGGCACCGACAAGAACCUUGAAUUCGUUCUAAAGCAAAUUGAGCAAUAUGAUGCAGAUUUAGCUAAGGAGGUUAAUCAACGCAAUAUUACUACACAAGUUACAAUUUCAACUUUACAGUCAGAAUUAAUCAUUCAAACGAUCUCGGCAUCGGAUAUACGGUCAGCUAUCAAUAUGGCGUUAUCGUUAUCCAAUAAGUCUGUAGCAGAAAUGAGGAUUCCUAAAUCAGUAUUGCAAUUAUCUGGUCAAGGUGAAGCUGUUACUGUAGUAGUGCGAUCGUUAAACGUAGAAGGAAAUUGGGCACAAAACGAUACUAAAAAAAUUACUAGCAGGUUUAUUAUUUCUAGUAUCUUGUCUUGCUCUAUGUAUCCACGCCAAGAUAAAAAUUUUACUGAACCGGUUCAUUUUUACCUUAAAAUACUACACAAACAGCCUAUCCCACCUUAUCAGUGUGCAUAUUGGGAGAAAACUGGAUGGUUGAAAUAUGGAAUAAAAUUAUUAGAUCAUAAUUCUACUACAGUACAUUGCACUACCAAUCACUUUACGAGUUUUGCAGUCCUUAUGCGAAGUUCCAAGGCGAUUACUGGGCCUCAUGAUCUUUACCUCCGCUAUAUCACUUAUAUUGGUUACUCUAUUUCACUAUUUGCCUUACUGAUAAUGAUAAUGAUAUUAAUUAGCAACAAAUCUAGUUUAGCAUGGAUGAUGAUAGAAGCUAUAGUACUCAUGCAGAGAAUUUCUUCCUUACGUAAAAAUAUGAAUCCGAAAGUGCUACGGGUUUAUUUUAUUUCAGGCUGGGCACUUCCAGCUGUAAUCGUAUCUGUUUCAGCAUCUACUGGAAUAAGUGCCUAUGGUAAUUCAGAAUAUUGUUGGAUCGAAAGUACUAGUUACCAAAUGUGGCUUUUUGUUGGUCCGGUUAUUUUAGUCGUUUCGUGUAACUUUACGAUUGCAGCUGCCGCUAUCAGGUCUCUUUUCUCAAUUAAAGCUAUGGUCCGAAAAUCUGAAAUUCAAAAGUUUAAGGCUGGAAUAAAAGCUGUGACUUCAUUAGCAUUUCUCUUUGGCUUAUCUUGGAUAUUUGGUAUCUUACUUUAUUCCACAAAUGAUAUCGUUUUCGCUUACUUGUUUACAAUACUGAACUGUCCACAGGGGUUGUUAAUCUUUUACUUUCACUGCUUUCGAGAUCGAAAUGUGCGAGAUUAUAUUCGGGCAAAAUUCAAAUUCGGUUCAAUGAUCUUUCCAAGCUAUACCGUGGGCGAAGCUAAUAAAGAUGUUCGAGGUAAAAAUAUGCAUUUGAACGAACAUGGUAUAGUAGCAAAGUUUCCAGUUUCUGCGGAGAAUAUGUCCCGUCGAUGUAAGAGAAUCGAAAGAUAUUCGACCAGUUUGAAUAAGAUGCCAGCUGAAUUGAGAGAGGGAUCGGCUAAUAGUGUUUCUACCUUAGCUUCAGCAUGUGAUCAUCCUACUUUGUCGAGUACCGGUAAUCAAAGAAAUGAAGUUGUUAGCCAUCAUUAA